AUGGCAAAGAGCUUUGUUUCGAUAUUGACAACUGCCUCUAUGUACAGCGGUAACGUUACAGAUCUCGCUACAGAGGAUUUGAUGGCGUUGAGAGAGAACACCAUUGAGCAUGACGAUGGCCAUGAGCCGCUUGACCAUGAACCGGGUGAGCACUCGCAGUCUCAGACCGAUGAGACAGAUAAGGAGAGUGCAACGGAUUCUCAGUUAUCUGCUGAGUCUGUACCCCCUAUUCAAGGUUCUAUCUUUGAGCUGUCUAUGGAGAGAAAACUCUCUUUGAAAGGGUCGACAGAGGAUCUGAAGAGCAGGGCAGUUACAAUAUGUCAAAAACUAGCGGAGAAAUUCGAUGUGAAGGAAGACGAUACGUUUAUCGAUGAGUACUCGUGUUGGCUUCUGAAGGAUGUAUUGCUUCAGGGACAUAUCUACUUGACCAAGUCGUAUCUCUUAUUCUUAGCAAUUUUACCAAAGACAUCAUUAGAGAGAAGUACCUUAUCGGGAAGCUUGGCAAUGGAGACACUGCCCUCAAGGUUGUCACGGUAUUGGGCUGUCUUGAAGAAUCAUACUUUGACAUUCUAUCCAAAAUCAACCGAUUUGUACUUUCCUUCGUUGACAAUAGAUUUGAGAAAUGCUAUUAAAGCUCAAAUCAUCCCCGAUUCCAAAGCCCCACCAGAUGCAGCAGAGAAGGAUACGAGCUGGUUUAAAGUCAUAACAGAAACAAGGACGUAUAAAUUCCAAGCAGACUCACCAAAUAAUGCAAGAUCCUGGGUAGGAAGGCUGAAGAAACAGAUAUUUACAAUCAGGAACAACGGUGACUGCGUCACUGUGAAGAUCCCGUUGCAGAACAUUAUCGAUGCAGAGGAAACUCCAAUCUUUGAACCUGCAGAAACAAUUAGGCUUCAUGUCUUGGAAAGUGGCCAAAGUUUUGCCUAUGACGACUACUUCUUUAUGUUUUUCAAAUCUGGUCCCGAGGCUUUUAAGGCCAUAACACAUGCAGCUGACGAGGUUAAACAGACGGAAGAGGGAGCAACUCCCGCAUUAUUAUCAGAUAGGUCACCAGCCUCUAGAAGUUUACAAAACGUGGCUGAAGUUCCAAAUUCCCCAAGUAUGCCAAUACUGUCAAGAUCAACAUCUUCGUUUACAAAUGAACAGACUGUUGCUCAAAUUAUUCCUGCAUCGCAACAGGAUGAUGACAACAUCGAGGAGAUCCCAGACGAUAUUUUGUCGGAUGAUGAACCAGACGAAUCUAUAUCAGAUGAUGUUGCUUCAGCAUCUUCUAAGAACCACCGGUUUAAUCCUUUAAGGCCUGUAAAUCAUGCCAGGAAUACAAUCUCAAGAUGGACCCCACAGUUUAUAAAAUCUGCCUCUUCAAUGUGGAACGCAAAUAUUGUUCACUAUGCUGAAAAGAAUUCACUCGAAAGGGGUUCUGAAGAUGACGAAUUCCUCGCCACUAAUGCUGAGACCGUUAGAAUGACUAAAAGAUUUCAAAACCAUUUUUCAUUGGCGGAUUCAGAUCAUCUUAUUGCGACUUAUUAUUGUUAUCUUCAUAGAAACAUUCCGAUGUACGGUAAAGUUUACUUGGGUGAAAAGGAAAUUUGUUACAGAGGUUUGGUUCCAGGUUUCCAUACAAAGAUGAUAUUACCGUAUUCUGAUAUUGAGAAUUGUUAUAAGGAGAAAGGAUUUAAGUUUGGAUACUUUGGAUUGGUGGUGGUUAUUCAAGGCCAUGAGGAGCUGUUUUUAGAGUUCAGUUCAAGCUCUGCCCGUGAUGAUUGUGAAUACCUUUUAUUAAAACAGCUAGAAUCAUCACCAAGUGACUCCUCUUCUCAAGCUGAACAAGGUGAAUCUCAAUUAAGCUCGAGUAAGAAAUUGGAAGCAUCAAAGAUCAAGUUCAUCGAGGAUAAGAUUCAUUCGGAGGCUGGCUUGCACAUUCCAAUCAUCAUUGAAGAUCAUCCACUCGUGACUACUAAAUUGAAGCCCACAAAGUCUCACAAGAUUACUUUGAUGACCAUUGGGUCUAGAGGAGAUGUCCAACCAUAUAUAGCGUUGGGUCUUGGCUUGAAAGCUGAGGGACAUGAGGUCACAAUUGCCACACACGCAGAAUUUGGUGAUUGGAUCAAGAAACAUGGAUUACGCUUUGUUGAAAUCGCCGGAAAUCCAACCGAGUUAAUGUCUUUGAUGGUGACACAUGGUUCUAUGAAUGUUGGUUUCAUGCGUGAAGCCAGCAGUAAGUUUCGUGGAUGGAUCACUGAGUUGUUGAAAACUAGUUGGGAGGCAUGUCAAGGAACCGAACUAUUGAUUGAAUCACCAUCCGCAAUGGCUGGUGUGCAUAUCGCGGAGGCAUUGGGAAUUCCAUAUAUGAGAGCGUUUACUAUGCCAUGGACAAGAACCAGGGCUUAUCCACAUGCAUUUAUCGUUCCAGAUGAAAAAAGAGGGGGAAGUUAUAACUACCUGACCCAUGUUCUCUUUGAGAAUGUCUUUUGGAGAGGUAUUAGUGGACAAAUAAACAAGUGGAGACAGGAGACUUUGAAACUACCCAAGACUAAUUUAGAUCUUCUUGAACAGAACAAAAUCCCCUUUAUGUACAAUGUGUCACCAACUGUUUUACCACCACCUGUUGAUUUCAACGAUUGGGUUAAAGUCACUGGUUACUGGUUUUUAGAUGAAGCUGUUACCUAUGACCCUCCGAAAGCAUUACUUGACUUUAUGCAAAAGGCUAGGGAUGACGGCAAGAAGCUUGUGUAUAUUGGAUUUGGAUCCAUUGUUGUCUCCAAUCCAAAGGAAUUAACACAGUCCGUUGUUGAUGCUGUUGUGAAGGCAGACGUCCGUUGUAUCUUGAACAAAGGUUGGUCUGAGAGACUUGGUGGGAGCUCAAGUGUCGAAGUUGACCUUCCAGAUGAGAUUUAUAACUCUGGCUCUUUACCACACGAUUGGUUAUUCCCACAGAUCGAUGCUGCGGUGCACCACGGGGGUUCUGGAACCACUGGAGCCACGCUUCGUGCAGGAUUACCAACCAUUAUCAAACCAUUUUUCGGAGAUCAGUUCUUCUAUGCCAAUAGAGUUGAAGAUAUUGGUGCUGGUAUUGGGCUUCGUAAAUUGAAUGUUAAGACCCUUUCAAAGGCCCUAAAGGAUGCAACUACUGAUCAAAGGAUGAUUUCUAAAGCCAAGGCCAUUGGUGAACGUAUUAGAAAAGAGAAUGGUGUCCAGGAUGCCAUAAAUGUGAUUUAUCGUGAUGUCGAAUAUGCCAAGGCGUUGAUCAUGAAGAAACGUGAAUCAUGGCCUACGAAUAAUGCUACCGUUGAACAUAAGGACUCUGCCGAGGAAGAAAUGGAGACAGAAAAGUUGUUAAGCCGUAUGAUGACUGCAAGCGCAAGUUCCGAUUCUGCAUUGAGUGGCAAUGCUUCCUGGUUAGUGUUAUGA